AUGAAGGCGGACAUCUGCGUGCACCUGAACCGGAAGGUGUUCAACGAGCACCCGGCUUUCCGGCUGGCGAGCGACGGCUGUCUGCGGGCGCUGGCUAUGCACUUCCACAUGUCGCACUCGGCGCCCGGGGACCUGCUGUACCACACCGGCGAGUCUAUUGACUCGCUGUGCUUCAUUGUGACGGGCAGCCUCGAGGUCAUACAGGAUGAUGAGGUCGUAGCUAUCUUAGGCAAGGGCGACGUGUUCGGCGACUCCUUCUGGAAAGACAGCGCAGUGGGUCAGUCAGCGGCCAACGUCCGCGCGCUAACUUACUGCGACCUGCACACCAUCAAGCGAGACCGCCUGCUGGAGGUGCUGGACUUCUACCAGGCCUUCGCGAAUAGCUUUGCGAGGAACCUCACGCUGACUUACAAUCUGCGGCAUCGGCUCAUAUUCCGCAAGGUGGCGGACGUGCGUCGCGAGCGCGAACUGAUGGAGCGACGCAAGCGGGAGCCACAGCUCGAGCAAGCACAGGACCACCUCGUGCGCAAGAUAUUCUCGCGCUUCCGUCGCGAGCGCAGCGUAGCCGCCGCGCCCGCGCCGCGGCCGUCCCUCGCGCCGGCACCGUCUAGUGACGCCGAGCGCGGCGAGCCGGCCGCCGCGCCGACAGCGCCUCCGGCGCCCGCCGCCGCCGCCGCGCGAGGCAAGUGGGGCCGCCUGCUCGCUGGCGGCUCUCUGGAUGCGGGCGACGCGCCGCGCGCCGCCUUCACGCGGAGCCUUAGCGCGCGCGACCGCCCGUCGCUCGCCGCGGCUGCUGCUGCCGCUGCCGCUGCUCCUACCCCAGCGACGACAACUGUCGCCACCACGACUGCUCCCGUUACUACCCUAUCCUUUAAAGCGACGUUUGCAAAGGCGCGAUCGGCGAGCGCGCUCAGUGCCUUAGGCGGCAGCGGUGGCAGCGGGCGGCAGGACACGAUCGAGGAGGAGCUGGAGGAGCGCAAGCCCGCGCCCGCCCCGGCACCUGCACCUGCACCCGCUCCGGCGCCCGCGCCCGCGCCCGCGUCGGCGGCGGCGGCGGCGGCCACGGCGGCGGCGGCGUCGGCGCACGAGGCCGCACUGGCGGAGUUGCGGCGCGAUGUACGGACGGAGGUGCAACGGUUACAGCAGAAGUUGGGUCGCGUAGAGGAGCUACUGACUGCGUUGGCGACGCGACUAGGCGCCGACGCUGGCGACGGCGAGGAACCACGCGCGCCCGCCGACACCGCCGCAAGGAAACGGAGGUCUAAGGCGCGGAGCAAGGGCGCAGCGCCAGCAGUCCCGACGCCGACGACGCCGGGCUCGGCGCCGGGCAGCCCGCCGGGCGCGGGCUCGACGUCGGCUUCGGCGUCGGCGGCGGCGUCGGCGGCGGCGCGCCGGCGCGACUUCGUGUAGCGCGCGGCGGCGCCCGGCGCCGAUGUCCGCCGGGCGCCCCGAGACCCUGAAACUCCUCUGUAAAAUAUCUCGUGAAAUGACUGUCAGUGCGUCGCGCGCCGAUACGAUCAGACGUAUCGGAACAGAAAAUGUAAUAAAUUAUUUGCUUUUCACAUUGCCCGAUAUCAGUACGGCAGCCGUGACGAAGCUUUGGCAGUUAAAGGAUAUUUUGUUUAGUUUAGUUGGUUGUUCCCAGCUGUUACCAUCAAUUGACUUUGGUGGCUAUUUACCUACGUAGGAAUACUACUGGGAUUUUUUUUCUCACGGAUUCUCAGUGGUACAUAAUAAAGAAGAAAAAAAUCCUAGUUUUGUUUAACUACUGGUAACAGCUGGGAAUAAAACCCAUAGAUAGGUAUAAUUGGUUAUAGUGAGUUUCACUUGUUUUAAAGUUAGUCCGAUCAUAUCGGAAGAUUGUAGAUUUUAUCAUUCGAUGUCAGCUACAGAUUUGAUAAGUCCAAUACCGAUAUGGUAUCGGAUAAUGUGAAAAGGCACUUUAAGUUAGGAAUUGUCCGCCCGCCGCGCGCCGUCGGGGCGGGCCUGGGCUUGAACUGCGGAAUUCGAAUUCCGAAGUUACGAUAUCUACAUUUAGUGCCCAAUGCAAACAAUGUAUCCUAGACUAAACACCUCGCUCACUAUGCGCCAAUUGAUAAAAUGUAAAGAUUGGAAUGUGAUUUUUGAGAUAACGAGUAACAUAUAUAGCGGACUCCGGAUUCCUUAGUAACCAGGGAAGCGAGUCUAUGGAGCAGUAAAACGAAAAGCAUAUGCAGAUCCGUAGGUAUUUGCAAAGUAUAUUGAAUAGACUUUAGGCAUGUAAGGAAUUGAGCAAUAAUAACUAAAAGUAAUAUCAUAAUAUUAAUGAUUUGAAAAUACCUAUUCAGCAGUCAUUGGCAUUGGCAAUUGGUUGGCAGCAAUUUUGAUAGCCUAGACGGAACUAGUGUUGUUAUUUUAAACGUCAAACUGCUAUGAAAUGAUGACGUUUACUUAACGCUUGCACCGUCUGGGCUAUCAAAGUCGAUGCCAACUUAGCUUGGUCUGACUUUAAAUAUAUUCGAUGUAUGUCGACUUCAAGUCAGUCAAACCCUAUUGAGUUCGAUAGAAAUGGAGAUAUCGUAUCUUCGGCCUUCGAUGUAUCGCGCUCUCGCUCCUGCAUUAGUGCGGCGCCACCGCGCCUGCCGCUUGCCGCCUUAGUCGCCGGCUGAUAUUAUAGACUAGGAUAUUGUUGACAUUCUAAGAGUUUGUAUAAAGUUAUUAUAAGUGACGACUAUUAGACACACGUUUUAAAGCUCCCCACGUUUGUUUCCACCUUCUCUUUAUCUAUAGUACACGACCGACCAAGACUUUUGUAUUACGACGGCAUCUAUUCUGUACGAGGCUACAUUUUAUACACGCUUGGAGAAUAUUUUAUUGUUACACUUAUGAAUAAAAGAAUUAUGUAGAGAUGUUUAUAUGUUAGCCGCGCUGGCCGUGGCCGCUCUUGCUGUUCGACGAUAUUUCACCUUUUCAACAGUUGGCUGUGCACCAAAGAGAAUUUGAAAUUGAAGUGUGUUGUCAAAAAAAACUUUGUAGCCACGUAAAUCUACUGCCAUCUUUCGACAUAUGAACUCCAUUUGACUUCAAUCCUUAGGGCCGAUUUAGACGGCACCCGAACUCGCAUGCGAUUUUAGUUACAUUGCGGACUAUUGAGGUUACAACUAAUUCGGCGACCGAUCAAAUACCGCAAUUUAAUGAAACUCGCAUGCGAGUUCUCGCACCGUGUAAAUGAGCCCUUAUUCUUUCACUGAUAUGUGUUAAAUUUGUUAAAUAUUAAAAAGUGGCGGCAUCGUUUCUAGCGAUGUCGCCAUAACCUUUAUGUUGUGCCCGGUAAGAUGGCGCCACUUUUUGAUAUUUUCUUUGACAAUCCCAAACUUUUCAGUGUUGCCACUUCAGGUUUGUAAAAUUGACCUCAUUUGUCUUUGGCAUUAACUAAAUGUGAAACCCAACUAUCAAAUCGAUUGUGUAUCUCCGAAUUCGCUAAACAAAAAAUAUCACCGUCGACGAAAAUCCCUUUAGCUGCAAAUUUAAAAAAUGUAGUACUUAAUAUUUAUAUAGUAUAAAAUUUGAAUUUCGCACCCUUUUCUACUGAUAAAGUUGUUUGCCCGGCUAUAUAUAAUAGAAUACGACGAAGUAUAAAAAAAAAGAAUCUUGAAACUUCAUCUAUAAUUCGGCCAAAUUGGUUUACUAUGGUGUCAACAGCAAGAGUUGGCGACAAGCCCGGCGCGGUGUGUUAGUGGUCUUGUUAAUGUUUGUAAAGUUUAUCGCUACGCGCGACCCGCCGCCGGCCCCGGCCCGUUCCGGUGACACAGCUACACUAGUUCGAUUGCCGCAUUCGACAAAGUGACUCUGUGUAAACGUGCUUUUACAUAGGGUUGCCAGAUGAUAGGCUUGUAUGAUUUCCGCGAAACUUGUAUCACAUUUUCAUUUCGUCCAGAUCCUGAUGUAUGUCCUCUGAUUUGGCAACCCUUCAAACUAAACUUCGGGUGUAGCGAUUACAUUUGAUCUAUCAUCACUUACAACUUUAAGUCAAUUUCCCUUUUUUUGCAAGAUGUUGGAGACGACCCGGAUUAAAAACCGGAUAUUCACCCGUUCCACGUCCGGAUCGGUGUCGGGCGCCAGCGCAGGUCGCGCAGCGCUCGGAGCGUGCGCUCCCCUAUCAGAGACGACUAAAUAAUAGAGACUGCCAAUCUUCAAGUGGAAAUAGACUUCAUCUUGGUGUAGAAAUAGCGGAAAUAGCUCUACGGAGGGAAUUGGUCCUUCUGUCUCAAAAUUACAAGAAUUGCUACAACAUCUGAAAUAGCCAUUCUAACUCUACUAAGCUGUCAAUUAUCAGAACAGUAGGACUUCCAGGUUUAGAAUUGCUACCUUGCAUUGAUUAGCAACUCUUCAUAGCUCGAUUCGCGUAAUAAGCAAGUUUCUCUUACGAUACGACGUAUGCUCAAUCUGCCCCAAACCUUGGUUACGUCUACUUUGUAACUGACAGAUGGUUUUUUUAUACGUCCGAUUUUCUACCACAUCAAAAAAUUUAGGUCUUCUACUGUAAUUUAACCUCCCAAGUCUCUUCUAUUACAACAUGAUUACAAGCAUACAGUUAGCCAUCUAAUUGUAUGCUUGCUCUUUUAAAUACAAACUUUAUGCGGUUUGAGUGAAGAUACAAAAUCUAAUACAUAAAAACCACAUGUAAAAUGUAACGUAGAUGCAACUUAUCUGUUUUUAGACUGAACAUAGACUUAUGUUUGAAUAAAGAUGAACAGUCUUUCUCAUUUAGUCGUCAAUGUCUAUCAUGCAUGACGUCACAUUCGGCAGACGAACCACUACGUUUCUCGCCUCGCUAAGCCACUGCUACUUAUGAUCUUUUUUAUUAAAAUAUAUCAAAAUGAUGAGAAACUAAAAAA